AUGCCCAGCAUCAACCGCAGCCCUGGUCUUGAACAUUAUGUUUCGAGUAGACACGGACUGCAUAGAUCCGAUGCUUCAUCUGUGAAUGUCGAACUGGAGCAGCCUGCGGAUGAAGCUUCAGAGAAACCUGAGGAUGUACCACCAGAUGGUGGCUAUGGAUGGGUGUGUACUGGUUGCAAUUUCUUCAUCAAUGCCCAUACCUGGGGCAUAAACAGCUCAUAUGGUGUCUUCCUUUCGCAUUACCUUACUCAGAAUACCUUCCCAAAUACAUCUCCGCUUGCCUACGCUUUUAUCGGAGGUUUGUCCAUCUCUCAAGCUGUUCUUAUAGCACCACUAGCAACACGUGUGGUUCAUUCCUACGGUACUCGCAUUUGCCUCCACCUUGGGGUGUUCUUCCAGACGUUAUCACUCAUCGGCGCAUCCUUUACCCACCAGAAAUAUCAGAUCAUCUUAGCCCAAGGAGUAUGUUUCGGCUGGGGUAUGGGAUUCCUCUUCGUUGGCUCAGUCGGAAUCAUCCCUCAAUGGUUCACGAAGAAGAGGAGUCUGGCUAAUGCAAUGGCGGCCGCUGGCUCAGGGUUUGGCGGCUUGACCUACUCACUUGCUACGCAACGAAUUAUCGAUACAUUAGGUUUAGCCUGGGCGUUCCGGAUUCUGGGUCUCGUUUCCUGUUUCGUGAAUCUCAUCUGCUCCAAUCUCCUACGAGAUCGCAACAAGGCUGUUGGAGCUCGUCAUAAGGCUUUCGACAUUCAACUCUUGAAAAGGCCAGAAUUCGUGCUCUUGCAAGGGUGGUCGAUAUGUUCAAUGCUUGGAUACACUGCAUUGCUCUUUUCUCUUCCAAACUUUGCCGCUAGCAUUGGUUUGUCCGCAAAACAAGGAUCCAUAAUUGGGGCUCUUAUGAACCUUGGCCAAAUGCUUGGUCGGCCUGUGAUGGGUGUCAUUUCAGAUCGAUACGGACGUCUCAACGUAGCAUCCUUCCUUACUUUGCUCUGCAGCAUUUUUUGCUUUGCCUUCUGGAUCCCUGCUAGGGGUGCCGGCCUCUUAUCUUUCUUUGCAAUCGUGGGCGGCGCACUCAGCGGUACCUUCUGGGCCACUAUCGGUCCUGUUGGAGCCGAAAUUGUUGGUUUGCCAGAUCUACCAGCUGCCCUCAGCAUCACUUGGGUAGUGAUGGUACCACCAACAACACUGGCAGAGCCGAUUGCUCUUGAGCUACGGAAAGAAAGAAGCACAAAUGUAUAUAUUAGCGCGCAGAUCUUCGUUGCAAUGAUGUACUUUGGAGGAGCACUCUGCUUGUGGAUCGUACGUGGCUGGAAAGUUGGUCAGCUGGAGGAGUUGGAAAGAAAUCUGGAGGCACUUGGAGUUGAUGAGGCCAGGUUACGACAAAUAGAGAAGAGGGUUCAGGAAGGCGUUCCCACGUCUGGGCCCGGACAAGUCGACGCUGUCACACCAGCAGAUGCGAACGGCAAUGUACCAAAACCAAUAUUGUCCAGCCGUCCUGCUGGCACCAAGGCCUUUCCUACCGGACAUUACCUGGUACCGGACACAAAUGCAUUCAUGAACGGUAUGGAUCUUUUUGAGGAGUCAGGUGCUUUCUACGACGUUAUUGUCCUUAAGACAGUUCUUGAGGAACUGAAGAAUCGAUCAUUACCUCUUUAUAAUCGUACCAUGGCUCUCACUAGAAGUGAAGAAAAGCGAUUCUAUGUGUUCUUCAACGAAUUUCGACUCGAAACUUAUAUCCGUCGAAACGAAGGGGAGAGCAUUAACGAUCGAAACGACCGAGCAGUGGUAAGAGCAGCAAAGUGGUACUCAGAACACCUGCCUCGGAAGAAAUGCCCUGCUGUUGUUCUACUCACUGAUGAUCAAGCAAAUUUGCAAAAGGCCAAGGCCGGCGGUGUUACUGCGUAUUCUCUAAGAGAUUACGUGUCAUUUCUCGAAAAUGCAGAUAGGCUGCUGGACAUGAUCAGUGAGGCACGACAGGGUCAACAAGAUAGACCACAACCCGGGGAGCUGAUUUACCCGGAAUAUUACUCAAAUUCAAAGAUCUUGACGGGUCUCAAGGCUGGUGUGCUGCACCAAGGAAUCUUUCACGUAUCUCCAUACAACUACUUGGAGGGCACAGUUCAGGUCGCAGCCUUUGACAGGCCUCUAAUCAUUAUCGGCAGGGAGAGCAGCAACCGAGCCAUCUCAGGUGACUCAAUAGUCGUUGAAGUCCUUCCAAAAGAACAGUGGAAAGCACCAUCGUCUAAGAUUAUCGAGGAGGAGACAUUGAACCAGAACGAUAAUCCAGAGGUUGAAGAGACAGAGGCAGUGAUUACAGAAAAGGAGAGAAGAGCCCUACAGGAGGAAGUCAAGAAAGCUCAUGGGGCGCCCACCGAGGCUAGAUCUCAGCCCACAGCGCGAGUUGUCGGAGUGAUGAAGCGUAACUGGAGACAAUAUGUCGGCACAGUAGAUCCUGGCUCAACGGGCUCAUCUGCGUCUCAAGGUAGGAAGCAACAGACAGUCUUCUUGGUGCCGAUGGACAAGAGGAUACCUAAAAUUCGGAUCCGGACACGACAGGCAGACGAACUCGUUGGAAAAAGGGUCGUCGCCACUAUUGAUUCGUGGGAUAGAGAUACCAGAUAUCCAGUUGGACAUUACGUUCGGUCAUUGGGUGACCUGGAGACAAAAGGUGCAGAGACAGAAGCUCUACUUCUUGAAUACGACGUGCAAUAUCGUCCUUUCCCGAAAACCGUUCUGGAUUGCCUGCCAGUAGAAGGUCAUGGGUGGAGAGUACCUGCCUCUUCCUCCGAUCCCGGUUGGAUGGGAAGAAAGGAUCUACGAGGUUUACUUGUCUGCUCAAUCGACCCCCCUGGUUGCCAGGAUAUCGAUGACGCUCUGCAUGCUCGGCCAUUACCAAAUGGUAACUAUGAAGUUGGUGUUCACAUAGCAGAUGUUUCACACUUUGUCAAACCAAACAAUGCAAUGGACGAAGAAGCAACUGCUCGGGGUACCACAGUAUACCUUGUGGACAAGCGUAUCGACAUGUUACCCAUGCUGCUGGGAACGGAUCUCUGCUCUCUCAAACCCCAUAUUGAGCGGUAUGCAUUCUCGACAAUAUGGGAGAUCACGCCAGACGCUGAAAUAGUGUCGGCUUCUUUCACCAAAUCGGUGAUUCUAUCCCGCGAUGCCUUCUCAUACGAGCAAGCUCAGAUGCGUAUUGAUGAUAGAAACGCGUCAGACGACCUGACACAGAGCAUGCGAACUUUACUGUCACUGUCUCAGAAAUUACGCGAGAAGAGAAUGGAGGCUGGCGCGCUCAAUCUCUCCAGCCCAGAGGUCCGAAUUGAGACGGAUAGCGAAACAUCUGACGCUCUGACAGAUGUCAAGACCAAGGCUUCUUUGGCUACCAAUUCCCUCGUCGAGGAAUUCAUGCUCCUGGCGAACACCACGGUGGCUAAGAAGAUCCAGUCAUCCUUUCCGCAAACAGCCCUGCUUCGAAGACAUGCUGCACCACCCGCGUCGAACUUCGCCGACCUCAACGAGCAGUUGAAACGUAUGAAGGGCUUUGAGCUGGAUGUAUCAAGCUCGAAAGCACUCGCUGACUCGUUGGACAAAUGCGUGGAUCCCGCCAAUCCCUUCUUGAACACGCUGAUUCGAAUUAUGGCCACACGGUGUAUGACCUCCGCUGAAUACUUCUGCAGUGGUUCGCAUGCCGAACCAGAGUACCGGCAUUACGGUCUCGCUAGUGAGAUCUAUACACACUUCACUUCUCCGAUCCGAAGAUACGCAGAUUUACUCGUACAUCGACAGCUUGCAUAUGCAAUUGGCUAUUCAGGGCAGGGAAGUGAGUACGUUGACGAAGGGCUGCGCAAUAAGAGUAAACUGGAAGGCGUCUGCAAGAACCUCAAUUUCCGGCAUCGAAAUGCUCAAAUGGCAGGAAGAGCAAGCAUAGAAUUUUAUGUUGGUCAAGCGCUAAAAGCGAGAGGAGAGACAACACCCGACUCUGGCAUCAACGUUGAAGGGUAUGUCAUAAGGAUCUUCGAGAACGGAGCUGUCGUGUUCGUUCCUAGGUUCGGCGUGGAGGGGUUAGUGAGGUUGGACGACUUUGAAUUGAAAGGCGCAGGAGAAGGAAGAAGAGAAAGUGAGUUUGAAGUCGAGAAUUACCGGUUGAAAGUGUUGGAGAAGGGCAGAGAGGACAAAGCAGUCUCUGUAGAGCUUUUCCAGAAGUUGAAUGUUCGAGUGAGCUCGGAGGAGAAGACUGGUGCUCGUGAGAAAGGCAAAAGGAGAGUCAGGAUUGUGGUUCUUGCCAGCUAA